CCAUAGUCAAAGUCUCAAAAUUCACAAAUAUCGUUUUGUCUCUCUUUCUUUCCUUUUCCCUUCCAAAUGCUAACUAAAACUCAUCAAACCUUUAUCACUCACUCUCACCAACACUUUCCAUUUCCACUUUUCUUCCAUCUAAAAUGUCCCUUCUCUUCCAUUUCCUUUUCCUUCUCCUCACUUUCCCCUCCAUUUCCUUCUCCGCCACAACAUGCCCCCUCAAUAUAACCAUCCUCCGCCACAUCGGCGACGGUUCAACACCUUCCAUCUCCUCCGGCACUACACAGUGCCAAACCGUCCUCCAAGCUCUCCAUCUCGUCCAAGCUGACUACCUCCGCCGCACCGGCUUCUUCGUCCCACCUCUCAACGCCUCCGAAGCAUGCUGGUCAUCUUUCCAAUCUUUCAUCGAUGAAUUUCAACCUAAUUUCGAUAUUCGUUCCACUUGCGGUUUUCAAACCUCGUGGAUCUCACAAGGUUGCCUCAACAUGACAACCAAAGAACAAUUUGAAAAAAAAAUUGCUAAACCUGCACUUCUAUCUCUUCAAUCGAGUUGUAACGUUUCUUUUGACAGAAACGAUGCUUGUGCUCUUUGCACACCUAAACGCUCUGUAGCGCUUACUUAUUUGACCGAAGUUACCGUCAGUAACGUCUCCGAUUGUAAUUCUUACACUGCCAUUUACGCCGCUUCACUUUCCGAUCACACUAGCGUCGGAGCUGCUAACUGUUUGUUUAAUCUUGAUUUUUCUUCUUCGUCCAAAUCUAGUAACAAGAAUCGUAAUCUUGUUAUUGCACUUGUUACGGUUUUUGCUUUCUUAGGAUUGUUGUUUAUUGUUGGAUUUUGGUUUUUUCUUAAACGGAGAAAGAGUAUGAAAGAGAAGGUGAAUCAUAAUAGGACUGAGAUUGUUGUACGUUUAGGUUCGGGUUUGGAUUCGAUGAAUCAGAGUACUACUUUGAUUAGGUUUAGUUUUGAUGAGAUUAAGAAAGCAACUAGGAAUUUUUCUAGGGAUAAUAUAAUUGGGAGUGGUGGUUAUGGAAAUGUUUAUAAAGGUUUGUUGAAUGAUGGAACUGAAGUUGCAUUGAAAAGGUUUAAGAAUUGUUCUGUUGCCGGUGAUGCUAGUUUUACUCAUGAAGUUGAAGUGAUUGCUAGUGUUAGACAUGUUAAUCUUGUUGCUUUAAGAGGUUAUUGUACUGCUACUACUAAUUUAGAAGGUCAUCAGAGGAUUAUUGUUACUGAUUUAAUGGAGAAUGGGAGUCUUUAUGAUCAUUUGUUUGGUUCUUCGAAGAAGAAGUUGAGUUGGCCUGUUCGUCAGAAGAUUGCUCUUGGCACGGCUAGGGGUUUGGCUUAUUUGCAUUACGGUGCUCAGCCUUCGAUUAUUCAUAGGGAUAUUAAAGCUAGUAAUAUACUUUUGGAUGAGAAGUUUGAAGCGAAGGUGGCGGAUUUUGGAUUGGCGAAGUUUAAUCCCGAGGGAAUGACUCAUAUGAGUACUAGAGUCGCUGGAACUAUGGGGUAUGUUGCUCCUGAGUAUGCUAUGUAUGGACAGUUGACGGAGAGGAGUGAUGUGUUUAGUUUCGGUGUUUUGCUUCUCGAGCUUUUGAGUGGAAGAAAGGCGCUUGAAACGAAUGAGGAUGGUCAACCCUCUGCUUUCAGUGACUUGGCUUGGUCGUUGGUUAGAAACAAUAGGGCCUUGGAUGUUAUUGAAGAUGGUAUGCCAGAACCUGGUACACCAGAAAUUCUCGAGAAGUAUGUGUUGGUUGCUGUUUUAUGUUCACAUCCACAGUUAUAUGCGAGGCCAACGAUGGAUCAGGUCGUUAAAAUGCUGGAGACAGAUGAUGAAGCAGUGCCAUCAGUAGUGGAAAGGCCAAUCCCUUUUAUUGCUGGGCGACUUGAUAUCGAGAAAUCUGCUAGCAGUAACUCGGGUCAGCUCUGCAGUCCUACUGGUUAUCAAGCAUAUACAUUGCAAUUACAAAGUCGCCGCGCUUCUACUUGUAAUGAAGUGGAAGAAAACUCGGAACGUGCUUCUAAUUGUAAGGAAGAGGAAGGAAACUCGAGACGUGCUUCAAAUUGUAAGGAAGAGGAAGGAAGCUCGAAACGUGCUUCUAGUUGUAAGGAAGAGGAAGAAUUGAUUUGAUGGCAAUAGAAUAUUAUCAAGUUUUGCAUAGUUUGAUGAAAUCAGAUCAGGUGACACUUUUAGAACUUAUUCCUGCCAAAUAUGACCAAUAACAAGGUUUGGCAUGU